AUGGAGCGAUCGUCACCAGAGCAGUGGAGCUCGCCAUCGCCGCUGACGAUGAGCGGCGAAAUAGCUCUGCUCCCGCGGCCACCUCUGUCCGGGUUCAACUACCGCCGCGACCCUGCUCUGAUGAUGGACCAGGAACCUAUUCCGCCGGAGACGAUUACCAUCCAAGAUGCGUGCACAGCCCCAACCACCGGUCUGCGACGUCCACACUGUGAUGUGCCUCACCUCCACGCUGCGAACGCGACCAGCAGCAGCAGCGGCGGCGGCGGCGGUGUGCCGUCGAUUGCCAUCCCGUACAUCGCACUCCACAACGUUGGGUGGAAGGACUCCAACUUUAAAGGUCGCAAGUGGGUCAUCAUCCCAAUGGUUGCGGGGUUCGAGUCGACCUUCAUCGCCAACACGCUGCAGGGACUGCUCUGCUUGCCGGGGUGCGAGUCCGUCAUGAUGGGCAAGUCCGCCGUGACGGGUAGCAGUGGCGGUGGCAGCCGUCACGACAACGGGAGACCUCUUGGACGAGAUGACGGCCGUAGUUGUGGCGAGUCUGGAGUGGUAUUGCAGUCGUCACGCAGCUCGUCGCUGGCAGAGCGGCAGCAGCAGGCGCAGGCGCACGAAGCAGACAAUGAGGACGACGAUGACGACGACGACGACUCGGAGCGGCACUCCCACGCGUACUCCGCUUCUCCAGAGGGAGCGGAGGAGCACUCGCUGAGCUCCUCUGUCGCGUCGGAGCAGGUGGCCACGGAGGAUCGUACGGAUCGCCUGUUCAGUGGUGAAGGCGGCGACGCGGGAAAAGGCGCUGCGGCGGUCCAAAGCGGAGGCGCUGGUGAUGCGCCUCAGGAGCUUCGCGGGGGUAUUCGCAGCCAGUGGAGGACUCGUGUGAAGACGGCCGCCUCGCGCACGUACACCUCCUACGUGAUGCAGCACCUCGGGGACGCGAACAUCCAGCUGAGGACACCGGUGCCUCGCGAUGGACUCAUGAGCGACUCCCCGGUGACAGACACGCAGUUAGAUGACGCCGAGGAGUUGGAGUCGCUGCGAGGUCAGUCCGCCACGGUACCGCGCUGCUUGGCCCCAGUGACGCUUCCCAAGGAGUCGAAAGGCGUGUCGCACAUGACGGGCGGCAAUGGCUCGGGUAAAUCGCGCCCGCCCGUCAGCAUCUUUCUGGCCUCUGAGGCCAAAGACAACAAAGUAGGCACUUCCACCGGCGGAACCACCUCCGCGGCGGGCGCCGAGUCGCCCGACUGUGCCUCACUGACAACAACCAUUGCAUCGGCAGCUCUACCUCCCGGCACGGCUUCGGCGGCUGCAACUACUACCGUCUCACCGCCGGAGAAGGCGGCGGUGCUGAUGGGGCUGGAGGAGGGACACAGCUCCGACGACAACAACUCACCGACGCCGAGCAGCCGGGAGGAAGAAGAGGAAGAAGAAGAAGUGUGGAUGUCAACGGAGGACACGGGUGCUGGGCAGUCCGGUGGGGCAUCACAGCAUGCGGCAGUGACACGGAUGACGAACCACCAAGUAGCGCAAGACGCGUCGCGCUACACGUGCUUCGCAAGCAACUGCGUGGAUAACAUGCCAAACUACCCACUCCCGCAACUGCAGAGCGAGGACUUGGUCGAUCUGGCCGCCUUCAUGGUCAUCCGCAGCUCCCUGCAACCGGAUGAGGCGACAGACUUGCAGCUCGGCACUCAUGUGCUGGGCAACCCUUACCACGUACGGCUGCUGCCACCUGAGCAGCGCGCCGCGUUGAUGAGCCGCGCAGCACGGCUGAUGGAGGCUGCAGUGUUCCUCCAAGUAUAA